AUGGCGUGGAGUCACCUCGAUAUCACCAAACCUCAUUUGGUGUACAUCAUCCUCGGCGGCUUCACCAGUCUGUUCAUGCUCUGCUCAUCCGUUAUCAAGGAGCGCAUGUACAUUGGUGAAGCUACAGUUGCCACCCUCUGUGGUGUCAUCUUUGGUCCUCAUGCGGCCAACCUCAUCAACCCCAAGGAAUGGGGAAGCGUUGACAUCGUCACCGUUGAAUUCUCCCGAAUCGUCCUGGUCGUUCAAUGUUUCGCCGUCGGUGUCGAAUUGCCCAAAUUCUACAUGGAGCGCCAUUGGCGAUCCGUCGUUCUGCUACUGAUCCCCGUCAUGACCUUUGGCUGGCUUAUUGUUAGCUUGGUAAUCUGGUGGAUGAUCCCAGAGCUUGACUGGCUUGACGGUCUUGUUGUGGCUGCCUGCGUUACUGCUACUGAUCCUGUCCUGGCCUCCUCGGUUGUUGGUAAGGGCAAGUUCGCAAAGCGUGUCCCCAAGCAUCUUAGAGACUUGCUGUCCGCCGAGUCCGGCUGUAACGAUGGCAUGGCCUUCCCCUUUAUUUACCUGUCCCUGUACCUCAUCCAGUUCAAGCGGGAUGCCCAAGACGUGAGCUUUCACUUUGUCGUCUAUGUCAUCUUGUACGAGUGUAUCUUUGGCGCCAUCUAUGGUUUCGUCAUUGGCUACAUUGCUCGCCACGGUAUCAAGUACGCUGAAGAGCAUGAUCUCAUUGACCGAGAAAGUUUCCUCGUCUUCUACUUUGUCGUUGCACUCUUCUGUGCCGGCUCUGGUAGUAUCUUGGGCAUGGAUGACUUGCUGGUAGGAUUCGCGGCCGGUGUCGGUUUCUCCAACGACGGUUGGUUUGGCGAAAAGACCGAAGAGUCGCAUGUUUCCAACGUUAUCGAUCUCUUGCUCAACUUGACUUACUUCGUCUACCUCGGCACUAUCAUUCCCUGGGAGGAGUUCAACAACGGCGUUUUCGGCCUCAAGGCUUGGCGUCUGGUCGUCAUUGCCAUCUUUGUCCUCUUCUUCCGCCGAAUCCCGAUUAUGUUGGCCCUGAAACCAUUUAUACCGGACGUCAAAACUUGGCGAGAGGCUCUUUUCGCAGGACAUUUCGGUCCUAUCGGUGUCGGUGCCAUCUUUGUUGCCAUUCUAGCCCGAGCCGAGCUUGAGCACGAAGAGCCAGUACCCCUGUCAGAACUGCCGCCGGAGAACUCUCCCCAUUAUCAUCUCAUAUAUCUGGUGUGGCCUAUUGUCACUUUCCUGGUCGUCACCUCGAUUCUGGUUCACGGAUCUUCCAUUGCUGUCUUUACUCUUGGAAAGCGCAUCAACACCCUGAGUCUGACAAUGUCAUACACAGCGGCCCCUGAAGACGGCCCAUCCUGGAUGAACAGACUGCCUCGAAUCACAUCCCAAUCCAAGUCUCAGGCGAGGUCUAUUUCUGAGGCGUCCUUCGAUGAGGAAAAGAAUCCCCAGUAUCCUCCCGGCACUUUGGCACCCCCUGCCGGACCGUACAGCCAUCUCUUACGCAAGCAGCGAGAUCAAGGCAGCGGAAGCAGAUCUUCUUCAAUUGUUUCACGGAAACGGAAGCACAAGACCUGGGACGACGGUAUUGGCCCAGGUGGCCCCAUCACUCAGUCCGCCAUUUUCCCUCAGCGUCAAUCCACAUCUCUCAUGUCUCCUGCCGAACCUGCUGAGCGCGAAGAGUCACCUUCACGCGAGAACACCGAGUCCACUCUGGCUGCUGAGGAUAGUUCCAAGGAUAGUUCCAAGGAAAAGGAGCCUGAGAGAAUCGAGCAAGCUGAGGCCAGCCCCUCUGGAAGCAGCGGCCAGAAGACUCCACCAAGACCUGUCAACAUCUACGACGAAGGCGAUAAUCUAGUGUUUGAGGGCCGCGAUGGUGAAGUCAUCGAUGUUCAGCCUGUUCCUGAAGAGCACAAGAACGAAAGGCUUCCAACACCCGUUACUGUUGCAAAGGCUGACGCUGAUAAGCUGUGGACGAUUUCUGGCUUCAAGAAGAAGAUGGGCGAGGUCUACAAUGUCGAAAUGGAGAAGCGCAAGGAUAAGGGCAAGGAGCGAAAGCAUGAACCUGCUCGAGCUUAUCAGUUUGGUAACACGAUUAUUGUCGAAGACGAGGACGGUGAGGUCGUCAAGACCUACGAGCUACCCUCUGGCAAGGGCGAGCAGGCCGAAGCCGGUGCUAGCGGAUCCUCCGAAGAAAAGGCGCCUGCCAAGCCCGGUUGGGCUACCUUUGGAGGUAGAUUCGGUGUUGCGAGCGGCGAGCAGUCUCGAAAGAAGUCUGUCGCGGAAACUCAGGCUGCUGAUGACAAGCACAUUCGCUUCACCAUCGGCGGCGUGGGCCAGCGCAUGACCAAGGAAGACUUCAUUCGCGAAAUGCAAAAGCUGGAUUCUCGGACGAGGAAGGAAGUUGUGGAUCAGUCGACCGCCUCGCAAACUGUCAAGAGGAUUGCCACACAGGAGGUCCCAGACUCUAGCAAAGCCGCUGAGGCUUCUCCCGUAAGGGGCGAACGGCCUGCCGCUGGAGAGUCUAGCUCGCCUACUCGCCGAGGACGUCAACUCAGCACAAACAAGCCCUCGGAAGAACAGGGCGAGACAGCAGUUGAGCGAAAGCGCCGCCUGGCUGUCCUUGCGACCCAGGAAGAUGAGGAAGCAGGAGAGACCCCUGCCGAGCGACGGCGGCGAGAGGCUGCUCUGGGUGUGGGUCAUGGUGAAGACAGUGAUGAUGAAGGUGGUGAGCGGGUCCCUCCGGAGCGCAGGGGCAUCACAUUUGCAGCAUCUACACGGCCUGGAAAGCGCGCAAAGUAG